UUCUGGGAUAACAGGGAUGGCCACUGAUCAACUGGUCAGAUCAAUACUGGCUGGAUGGUAUGCUACAUCAAGUGAUGACAAGGAAGUAGAAAUAGAUGAUGAGAAAGGCGAGCGGCAUCCAACAAAAUGUCAUCUUGAUGAUGUGAUAAAUGUGCAGCUAAAGCGGAAGUGGAAUGCACAGGAAAUUCAGAAUGCAGGUUUUCACAGUUCUUUAAGUGGGGGCAAUCCCUUGUUGGCUGACCUUUCAGAUUCCUAUGUCAGCAAUUUGUCAAUGGCAUCAGGAAUAGUUCAUGAUCGUGUCGAGUUUUUCCAUUACAUUCAAUAUGAUGUUAUCAAUGACACAUUGAUGACAACAGUCAAGCUCCAU